AUGGCCCACCAUCAGAAACACCAAGUCGACUCGCGUCGAAGAGGUUCUGCGAUCCAGAGCCUGCUCAAGAUGUUCAAUCUGUCCAACGCCCCAACCGUCCCUCUCGAUGAUGAGGAACUCAGUUCAGAAGCAGACGAACCGCCUGAAGAUGAGCUAUCGCCUCUUACCACACUCCCCGUCACUCAUGGAAAUCCCCUGUACAAGAAAUCCAACGCCCCAGCAAAUCCUCGCAGGGAAUCAUUGUUGACUCGUGCCAUCAUGGCCGAAUCAAAAGACGACGAACAUCCCCCGAAAUCUCCGGCUACUUCUCGUGGUCUAUCCACGACCUCCUCCUACAGCACCGGCAGCAUGGCCUCCACAGCCGAAUUGACUAGCGAUGGAGAUGUCACAAGCCCGUCAAGAUCCGCUACUCCCAGCCCUCCACCCCCUCCAGGUCGUUUCCAGAAUCUCCUCAACCGCAAGAAGCCAGUCUCCGGCCACGCCAAGGUUGUUAUUGCCCCUCUAACCAAGGACGACAAGCCAGUUGUUGCCGAUGUUGGUGAAGCCGCCAUCGAAAAAACCUUGGGCCGAAAGAGGUGCAUCAUGUUUGCUUGUGGUGGUACCGAUUCCGGAAAAAGCAAGGAUAAUGUCGUGGCCAAGGAAGAGCCUGUCAAGACUGAGCCAACAAAGCGUAAAUGCACACUGACAUUUGCUUGUCCCACACGUUCCACUGCCACUCAAGUCAAGUCUCCAGUUUCUGACACCCCCGAGAACGAGCACAAGAAAGCGAGACAUCCUUCACCAGCGCCUCUAUCCCGACGCAAGUCCACCAGUGAGUCAGUUGACCUCUCCGGCCGUUCGGCCGACACUACCACCACUGUGGCUCCUGCAAAACGUCCUGUACCAUCUCAAUCCAAACCUAGCUUCCAUGAAUUUGGUAGCUCUCACGAUGAGACCGAUGCUUGGGUUGACGAGCCUCAAGAUCAUGGAAAGAAGUUGACCCUGAACGAUUGCAUGCAAAAGGAGAAUCGCAUUCGUCAACUUGGACGUGAAGCUGAAGAGGAAGCCGAAGAGGAGGAACGUGAGCAGGAAGAACUCGAACUCGAAGAGCAAGACGAAGACGAUAAUGAAGACGACUUUGCCCCUUCUGAUGAGGGUUCCGAUGAUGGAAACGAGUCUGAUGACGAAGGCGGCUUUGCCAGCUCUGAUGAUGAGAGUGAUGCCGGGUCGGAAUAUCGCUUCUGGGCUCCUUCGACAACAACUGCUGCUACGAGUGUCGAGCAUGUCAACAUCAGUCACUUCAGUGCUCGUCGUCAGUCACAGGCCAGCUCUGUCGAAUCACUGGUCCACUUUGGCAGUCCAGAUAUACGCUCGAUGAGAAGACGUGUCCCCAGAUCUCGCCGCGCUGGAUCCCACACCGGGUCUAAGGCCAUUAGGAUGCGACCUGGAACUCCCGAAUUGCCAGAUAGUACGGACUUCGUCUGUGGUACUCUGGAUGAAGAUCGUCCGUUGGAAGCGGCAUAUAUCUCAUGCCUAGAACAGAAGAAGCAGAGAAAGCAUGUCCUCAUUCCACAGGAUAUUGAUCCAAGUUUCCCUACCACGGAUCCUGAAGAAGAAGAGGACGAAGUAGACGAGGUCGAUGAAUCCGACCAGAGCUCUGCUGGACCUCGUUGGCUCAAAGACCAAUUUGGCGGAUUUGAGGAAGAAUCACGUCCACGUGGACGUCGUGGUUCACCUACUGUCAAGUCUCCAUCGCCUCAAUCUUCGACGCCCUCCAUUCAGCAUGGAUACCCGGCUCGCCCAGCUGAAUUCCGUCGUGGGCUUCAUCGUUCACCUCCUCCAAGAAAACUAUUCGGCCAUUCUCCCACACGCAUGAGGUCACCUCCACCAGCACGCCUUCGAUCCCCCCGAGGAUCACCCACUAAUGCCAACGUUCAAGUCCCAUUCAGGUUGGGAACAAGAGGUCUUGGUCAACGUCCCACCAUGGAAAGAACGGCGUCUCUUCCAGAUACACCUAAUCCAUUCUUCAAAAAUUUCAAUAUUGGCAGCCCUUCGAACACGAAUAUCGCCUCGGGUGCCGUUACUCCUGCGAUUGAAGAGCCUCCACGGUCAGACUUACAUGUUCGUGGUCCUGUUGACAUUGUCAUUGGAUUAGAGAAGAAGCGACAGAAACGUAAGGAGAAAUACUGGCGUCAGCAUUGCCGUAAGGCAGCAAAGGAACAUGCUGAGCGCCGACCUGUUCCUGGGCGAGGCGCGGAGAGAAUGAAGGAGCUCGGCCUUGAAUGUGCUGAACGCACACGAGGUUACGGCCUUGGCCAGCAACAACAGCUGGUCAUCUCACUUUGA